UUCAAAAUACCAUUUCUUCCAGGUUGAACCAAUGCAACUGUUGACGAAGCCCAUCAAGCUGCAGGUGAUGCCAUGAAUAAUUCCAAGAUCAACCGCACGUCUUUUCUUCUGACUUUCAUUUUCACGUGCAUUAUCUUAUCUGUUCUCUUCCUAUCCGGUUCUUCCUUCAACUCAAAGACUCAACUCAUCACUGUCGAGCUACAAUCUUCAGAAGAGCCCACAACAAGGGUCCCGUCUAUUCCUGGAGCUUUUCUUCGAAAUGCCCGACCCGAUCCUUCUAACUCCAGCUACUGCAACUUCCACUACAAGUUUCCGAAGGAUUUGGAUUUCGUCACUAGUGACUUGGACUUCGGACCUGAGCUCGGGAAAGACAGUCCUUACAGGAUACUCUACAAUGUGAUCGGCGCCAAGAUGGCCCCGGAUACUCCUGCUGUUACAUAUGCUACUCACGUAACAGCUGAUUUUAUGAAUUAUCUUCCUGAACUCGCAAGACAUUGGGAUGGCUAUAUAAGUGUAGCAGCAUUUGUUCCCGAUCUAGAUAUAGCGAUGGUACUGGAACAACUCAACCAGUACUGCUUUUGUCUUCCAGAGAUGACACGUGUUUCAGUGCAUCUAGUUUUUCAUAAGAAACUACCUCCGUCUAGGAAAGAUGUGUAUUUUAUUAAGCCAAGCACAUGCGAACCCCAGGAUUCUUCGAAGCUUCAAACGUACAGACACGCAGACGAUAGCAUCAUGUACCCCAUCAAUGUAUGUAGAAACGCUGCUCGCACAGCCGCUUUGACGGAAAACGUUCUGGUGUCAGAUAUCCAGCUGAUGCCCAGUGCAGGCUUGGCAAAGAAGUACAUUGACAUGAUCGACAUAUACAAGUUGACAGAGUGUCCUCAUAGAGUUUUCGUGCUUCCAAUCUUCGAAGUGGAGUCGACCGAAGAGAUUCCUCGGACGAAGAAAAAACUAUUACAGCUCGUCCGGGAGGAAAAGGCUGUAUACUUUCACAAAUUAAUUUGCUCCCAUUGUCAAAAGUUUCCUGGAAUCGAGUCUUGGUUGGUUUCGGAUCCUGGGGAUUUCGUCAAGCCUUUGACAACAGCUAGAAGAGAAGUGCCUUAUCACAGGUGGGAACCUAUUUAUAUCGGCACAAAAAGUGAGCCUUUCUACAAUGAAAUGUUGUCCUGGGAAGGAUUGCAGGAUAAAAUGUUACAGAUGUUGGAGAUGUGCCUUAUCGGAUAUAAAUUUGUUAUCCUCGACGGGGCGUUUUUGAUCCAUUGGCCCGGCAUGAAGAAAACUAAAACAAAAGACGGCGAAGCAUGGAGGGAUAAUUUCAUCAAGGAAAAUUCUAAAGAGUAUCAAAAGAUUCUCAAAAACCUCACCAAAAAAUAUAAUCCGAAACCGCAGUGCAAAGCACACUAGAUUGAGAAUGAAACAGUGAUUGAUCCAUAAGUUUUUUUGUUAAUUUAGGUUUUUUAUCAAAUUUUUCAAUAGUGUUUCAGAAUACGUCAAUAAAUAUGAAAAUCUUUCACAUUUGUACUUGAUUUCAAGACAGUUUUAUGAAACUGAUUUUCAAAUAUACAGAUUUUGACUCUGAA